ACCUGGCGAGACGCGGCCCUUAAUGCAGAGACCGUUCCGAUGCGCGACCAACCGAAUUUCAUACCUUUAAGCCGUGCAUACCAUUAAGUUUAUAUUUUCUUUGGAUGACACUACCUCCUUUUGUGAUCCAAGUGUGACGAAGUUUACACAUCCGGGACUUUGGCUCAGAGCGAGCUGGACCCGGGGCUGCAGGAUGGCGACGGCAACAGCGCCCUGAUGUAUGCGGCAGCCUUUGGACACAGGGAAGUCGUGCUGCUCAUCCUCGCCGCCUUUAAGCAGCUCCACCACGUAGCCUAUCACGGUCAGCGCAACGGGCAGGGCCUGACGGCGUCUCAGCUUGCGGAGAGGAACGGCCACGAGGACAUCGCGGCGCUCCUGAAGGUCGAGGACGCUGUGUUCCCGCGGCCGGCCGGUCCUUCGGCGUUCAUCCCCGCCCACCCGCUCGAUCUCGACCGGCCGCCCACGCCCACAGAGACUAGGAGUAUCAGGUCCUCCUUCCGCCGCUCAAGGGCCGCCGCGAAAGCCAGCGAGCCCGAACCCCCCGACCCCACGGCCCCCCUGCCCCCUCCGGCCCUCGCGAAGAGCGUCAAGAGCCGGGGGAGCGGGAAGCUCUCCAGCAGCUUCAAGCUCACCAGCAAGCUCGUCUCUCGGGACAGCUGGGACGCGGACGAGGAGCCGGCCAGCACCUCCGAGGCCGUCUUGUCACGAAGAGAGGGGGGCGCUAGCAGGCGAAGGGACGCCGUCCUCGCGAAGUCCAAGUCUAUCGACGCGAUAGUUGAGACAGGCUAUGACCCGACUUCCGCGCGAGCCAGAGACCGAAGUAUCGUCGGAUGGGAAACUGAAAUAGAAGGGAACAGAGAGAUAACCAAGAAGAGCCAGAGGGAGGAAGAGAAGGGGAAGACAGAGCCAGUGAAAGUUGCAGGGCCCGACAGACUCGAGAAACAAGUCUUGGAAGAAUUGAUGAGAGGACUUGUUGUGGCCGGAAGUCCAGGAUCGGGUAAUGAGGCCGACACGGAGUCCCUGAUGGAGUGCGAGCGCAGCGCCCCGGACCACUCGGACGACAGCGCAGACGCCAAGAUGAGCGGCGGGAACGGCAGGAAGACCGCGGUGUCCGGGCCCUCGGGAGGCUCGUGCUCGGCCAGCACCUCGGGCCAGGCCAUGCCCAAGAUCGACCUCAGCGCCUCCUCCAGAUCUCUCAACCGCAGCAUCCAGCACUUAGUGCAGGAAGACACGGAAAACCGCCCCGGCCUUCGGCCACCCACGCCCGCACGUCCGUCGCUGCCCACUCUCCUGCCCGGCCGCCUCCUGGAUGUGUCGCUCAGCGCCUCCGUCGGCAGCACGAAGAGCGAGGGGCGGUCGGUGGCGACGUCGCGUCGCGUCACGUUCUCGUCGUUCCCGCGGUCCGCCUCCGAGCCGCGGUCGCUGACCGUGUCGCCCACACGCAACUUGCGCCCCGAGGACGACGACGACGACGACGAGGACGAGACCGUGAUGGACCUGCUGGACUCCUCGACGCGCUCCGAGGGCUGGGACCACAUCCGGGGGGCCAGAGGGCGCGGUCCGUCGUGCACGCCCUCGGAGGGCCACGUAGUCCCUCUGCCACCCAUCAACCAGCCGCGAUUCUCCGAGUUCGGGGUGCGCGGGCGCGAGGGCAUCCGCGGGCGUAGCGGGCUGGGUGGGGGCGAGGACACCGUGCUCAACGUCGCCAAGAAGACCCUGGAGCAGCUGGAGAGCGUGCUGGCGCCCUCGGAGGGAGCCGCCCUGCCGCGCCACAUCCCCAGAACCAGGACGAGCCAGCAGAUCCACCUGGAGACCUAGCACAUCUCGCGCUGGCUGCGCGCCCACGUCCAGACACGCCCGAAGCCGCGCAAGCAGGCGCGGAGGUUGUCGCGCGCUCGCCACGACCCCGAGGACGACUGAACGGCCGAGGGCAAGGGCCGGCGGAGCAGGA